GGACUGUCUCGCGCCUUUCCAUCUUGUUUCACCCACCCCGAUCCACUUCUCCAGCGCAGUUGUUGUGGUAGUUAAUAAUGGCGGCAGUGGGAGGUGGAUUGUCAGCCUCUGCUGUACUUACUGGCAUUAACACUUCAACCACAGCUCGCUGUCGCUUUCCAGCUCGACCAUGCACAUCUCGCAGUCAAGUGCGAUCAGAAAAGCGUUUGCGAAUUGGUCGGCUGGAGACUGGAAAUGGAAAGACUGCCUCAAAGGGCCCGAGGCCCGUCAACAUUGGACUUACGUUGCAAGAGGACCCGUCACUAGUGCGCUUACUUCGGAUUGCAGAGAAACACAAGCGCAAGAGAGAGGCGGGUUUCGACUCAAGCGGGAGUGAGGAGGAGGACAGUUUUGCUGGCUUUGGAGCAGAUGGUGGUAGAUCUCUACGCUCCACACGCAGUCUCUCACAAAUUGUUUAUGCAGAUCCUUCUUCUGUUGUCCCAGCAGUCAGUCCUCUGAAGUCAGUGUUGUCACCAGCGGAAAAGCCACCUCCAGCUCCAGACUUGAAUGAAGAGAAAGAUGCAACUUCAUCACAGGGCCCCUCGGUCACAGAGAUCAGGCCCCUCUAUGGGAAGGUUGUCAAGAGGGGUGAGAAAAUCCGCAAAGAUGAACCCUCUACUGCGACUGGUGCCAAGACGAGGAACGCAUCUAAGCCAAAACUGGUCGUCAAAUUUGCCGUCAAAAGGAAAGCAAAGGAAGUUUCACCACCAAAAACAGUGAAGGGUCGGCAAGAUUUGAAAGGCAAAGGCCCAGGUGCUGACGGUAGGCAACCAGCCAAAGGCUUAGCUAAAAAACAGAAGGGUAGGAAAUCAGUCAAUGCUGUUUUAACAAAUGAUGAAGUGGAAGAACUGAACGCUGAGGGAAGUGAUGACCAAAAACACAGCCAGCAGGGUACGACGAGUACAGGCACUAGCAGCACCCUUCCCGUAGUGCUGAAGGAUCCAAAAGCUGAGCUGGCUGGUCCUGCAAAGCCCCUACCUGUUCAAAGUGAAGGUCUGUCACAGAAGAAGCAAAGCAAAGUUGUGUGGACUCUGACGUUGGUGAAAGGCCGGGGCAAGACGUCUGCUGUAAAGGUGCCCGCUGUGGUUGGUAAAGGCACAGGCCCGAUGCUUGGGAAGUUUGUGAAACGAAGUAGGCCUCUUCCUCAGGAGGAAGGUUCAGGUGCCUUAGAUAGUGGGAACAGCCUCCCAUCUGCUAGUCCAAGCUCUGGCGGCCAGAGGAGGAAUCCUAGUCACUUGCUUUGGAUACCACAGAAACGGAGGACGAAAGACAUGGUCAGCAGCUCAGCGGCAGUAUCCCCAAAGCCUGUUGGCAAGCAGAGGAGGGUUUCAAAAGGUGCUGAGGGAUCACCUGAGGAGGGUGCGGAGGCAGGACGGGAGAGUGGACAUGAGCCUUCAGAUCAGCCCGCUGCAUCGUCAGGGGGUCAGAUGCGCAGAAGGGCAGCUCACUAUAAAUUUAAAAAGCGGAGGGCCUCGUUUGGCCAUCAAAGGAAGCCAGGCAUGCCAACAACAGAUAAAUCUCCCGAGACCCCAGGGAAGCACAGAAAACCCCGUCAGAGGAUGGUCUGUUACACUUACGAGCCGAUGGAGUCUUUGAAUUCGGAGAACCAGAAGGAACAGCAGGAAGAGGAGUCUCAUGCGCAGGCAAACACUGAGCUAACACCUGCGGAAUGCACGCAAUCAGUCACGCCUGUGGUCAGCGGGCGCUCCUCCAGAGUCAUCAAGACGCCCAAGAGGUUCCUGGACGAUGAGAGAAUGUCCCACCUGCUCCCCAAGAGAGCCCUGAAGAAGAAUGGGAUUGGCACUUCUCAAAGUCCCGACGUGGAGAGCAAACCGCCGGCCACCAAGCCAGUAAGACACAGGAGGAAAUCUCAAGACCACGAGGAUGCUAAAGGAGAAGGCGACGCCGACAGAUUUCAGGAAGACAACUCUACCUCAGACGCUCCGCGGAGCAAAGGCUCGGUGCUCAGCCCGGGUGCCGGCAACCUGAAGUUUUACGAGCGGCUGAAGAAGCUGACCACCACCCUGGCCCAGAAGAAAGUGCAGAGGACCCUGGCCGGAGCAGCGGGUGACCAGCAGGGCGAAACCGGAGGCGACACGAAGGCCGGCGAAGACUCACCAGGCCCUGUGAGGAAGAGGAGGAAGUCCAAGUUGACGAUUGAGGACAUCCAGUCCCCUGGGGUGGUGAGGAAAUUGGCAGUACACCUGAACGUCGCAGGUGCUACUCUACCUGGUGCAGAGCAUGUGGAUGCUGCAACAGGGGACAAUGUGGAGGGAUCGACCCAAAUGGAGAGUGAGGUCCUAACCCAGAGAGAUCUUGGUGAGCGUGUGCUGGUUGAACAGGAGGGGACGACCCACCGCAUCUCUGUGUCAAGCUCCAACAAGAGGAUGUUCCACCUGCUCAAGAGGGCCAAGGUUCAGCUAAUCAAGAUCGACCAGCAAAAACAGCUUAAAUCCUCUCAGCUGCUUUCUGGCUCAGUCCAGCUGGGAGAAUCCACUGAGACGACGGGGCUGAAGAGGAGAAGGAGGAGAAGGAUGGUGAGGGCCCCAAACAAGGACCCUGCCUCUAAGCAGCAGCAGCAACUGCUCACUGGGCCCCGGAUCAAGCAUGUGUGUCGAGCGGCAGCCGUGGCCCUGGGCCAGCCUCGCGCCAUUGUACCUGAUGACAUCCCACGCCUCAGCGCCCUUCCCAUGCAUGAGCGCGAGGGCAUUGCCCCCUCACCCACUGCGGAAGCAGAUGUGGGUGAGGUAUCUGACACUGAGAGCGUCUCUGACACCUCGGAGCGGCGCACUCAAAAGGGUGUCCGUGAGUAUGGCCACAGAGGCUCCCGCUCACGCCGCUGCCUGCGCUGCCCGGGCUGCCUCAACCAGGACGACUGCAGCCGUUGCGUUCACUGCCUGGACAAGCCGAAGUUCGGCGGCCCCAACAAGAAGAGGCAGUGCUGCAUCCACAGAAUAUGUUCCCGCAUUGCAUUGAAGAAAGCCAUGCGCAUGGGAAACCGGAACCCCAAAGUCCAGGUGCGCCGUGGCGGGCGGUCCUCCGCCAGCGGAAACGCAUCCAGCGAGGAGGAGGAGCAGGCGCCCUCUGACCUCCAAAGCCCCUCCCCUUCCAGGAAGCAGCCUCGUAGACAGGUCACACCCCUUUGCUACAGUGAUCUCCUUCGGUCCGCCGAGACUGACUCGGACGAGGCCACCAGCCACCAGCCCAUCCACAGGAGGACACCCCUGAGCAACGAGGCGCCAGCCAUUCCUGCGGUUGAGGAUGGCAGUGACUUCACAAAGCCCAAGCGGCCACCGUUUGCCAAAUCUGGCCGUCGGCGAUUUGAAAAGCAGUUACCCCCCUCACAGGCCCAGGACCUCCCUCCUUCCCCUUCAGUGUCCGGCUGCCCCUCCCUGAAGCUCAAGCUGAGCCUACAGCUGCGGCUGGAGCGGCUGCCCCCCAGUGUGGUGCGGGCGGCCACGGCUGGGGAGCAGCCACAGCCUCCCGGCUCUUCCUCCCCCCUGCAGCAGCAGCAGAUGGAGUGGCCCGCAGGCGGAAAGUUCCGGACAGGAGCGGAUAGCGCGCCAGAUAGCGCGCCCCACCAAGCUCACGCACCCUGUCUUACUCCUUCCCAGAGCUCAGUGCAGCACAACACGGCCCCCAGCGCACUGGCGGCGCUGGCCAACCGCCUCAUCCCACGAGAGAUGACGUCCCGCCAGAGCAACGUGCACAGGAUUCGCAUCGACUUCAAGGAGGAUUGCAGUGCCCAGAAUGUGUGGCUCAUGGGUGGUCUCAGCGUCCUCACCUCCAUUCCUAUCUCCCCAGAGAGCGUCUGCUUGCUCUGUGCCAGUAAAGGACAGCAUGAGAUGGUUUACUGCCAAGUGUGCUGCGAGCCUUUCCACAACUUUUGCCUGAAGGAAGAAGAGCGCCCCAUGGAGGAGAACAAGGAGAACUGGUGUUGCCGCCGCUGCAAGCACUGCCACGUCUGCGGCCGCAAGAGCAAACACUCGAGGCCAGUGCUGCAGUGUAGGAGAUGUCUGUACUGCUACCACCCCUCAUGUCUGGGACCCACCUACCCCAAGCCUCUCAAGUGCAACCUGCCCUGGGUAUGUAUGAAAUGCAUUCGCUGCAAGAGCUGUGGGAUGACCCCAGGGAAGACAUGGGACAUGGCCUGGAACCACGAACAGGACCUGUGUCCCGACUGCAGUGUCCUCCAUAAGCUGGGUAACUUCUGUCCAGUGUGCCAGGGCUGCUAUGAUGAGAAGGGCUGCAAGAAGCACAUGCUAAAAUGUGCCCGCUGUUCUCACUGGGUACACAGCAAGUGUGAGAAGCUCUCAGAUGAAGAUUGUGAGCGGCUGAACAAGCGCGCUGUGGGCGGGUUCAUCUGUACUCCGUGUGGUCUGGGCAGCUGGAGGGUGGAGCUUCAGGAGGAACUGUGUGCCGGGCUGCGGAUGGUUCUGUCUGCUCUGCUCGACUCCCCGCUCACGCAAGACAUCCUUAAGUGUGAACAGUGUGAGGCAUCCCUAGAGGAUGUGGCUCUGAAGAGGCAUCCAGCCGUGUGUGAUCUGCAUGCCAUCAGCAGGAAGCUGGAGCAGGGUGACUACACCACUGUGAGAGCUUUCAGUGAGGACGUAGCCAUGGUGAUGUGGAAGAAACCAAUAGCUGAGGAUCUGAGUCCUCCCAACGAGCUCAGGUCCUUCUACAUGCAGCUGAUGAAGGAGGCCUUCAGCUGGCUUAAUGGAGGACACAUGAAGACGUGGGAGCCACUCUCUCAGGAAUUUCCCAGUGGUAUGCUCCCAGAAGCGGUGCUUCCUCCCUCUGACGAGCAUAGCUAUGCCCAGUGGCUGGAGAGAGAUCACUUUGAUGCCCAAGGAGUGAAAGGGAUCCUUAGUCCUGGCCAAGCUAAGAGCCUGUUUCAGGAUUCCAGACAGUGCUCCCUCUGCCAGAAACAUGGAGAUGCCAUGCCCAAUGAGGCAGGCAGGCUGCUCUAUCUAGGUCAGAAUGAAUGGGCUCAUGUUAACUGCUGCAUCUGGUCUGCUGAGGUGCAAGAGGAAAAGGGGGCCCUCUUGCAUGUUCACAGCGCUGUGACCAGGGGGCGCUUAAUGCGCUGUGAGCGGUGUGGCCUGUCGGGGGCGACAGUGGGCUGCUGUCUCAGCUCCUGUCAGAGUAACUACCACUUCAUGUGCGCCCGCGUCCGCAACUGCGUCUUUCAGGAAGACCAAAAAGUCUACUGCCAUAAGCAUCGUGACCUCAUCGAUGGCAAGGUGGUGUCGAGUGAUGGCUUUGAGGUUUUGCGGCGCAUAUAUGUGGAUUUUGAAGGAUUUAGUCUCCGCCGGAAGUUCCUCACUGGUUUAGAGCCAGAUGUCAUUAACAUGAUGAUUGGCUCGAUGCAAAUCCAUCGUUUGGGGGUGUUGACAGAGCUGUCUGCAAACUCAGGAAAGCUGUUCCCUGUGGGCUACCAGUGCUCCCGCUGGUACUGGAGCACAGUGAACCCUCACCGUCGGUGUAAGUACACCUGUCAGGUGUGGGAGAUGCAACCAAGCCAGCCAGAGCAGUCAGCGGCGGUCAAGGUCCACUGCCAGGGCAGCAACCAAACCAUCGCCCACGGCCCAGCACCACUCCAGGCCAUGGUAACAGAAGUAGACACAACACCGCAGCAUGUGGAGAUUCCUACUGGCACUCAGUCACCAAAAGCCAAACAUGAUGCUGGAUCCAAAACUUCAGGUUUUACCCACUCUAGAAGGCCAGUAGGAGGAUUAUCCAGACCCCUGCCUUCCCCAGGCAAUGCAGGCUCCAAGUCCCAUCACAUCCUGACCAUCAGCGAUCUGGAUGAAACUCGACGACCCCGCCGUCCUAGUUCCACCCUGCGGGGACGUAACUCCUCUCCCCUUAGGGCUGAAACCGGCUCGCUUCUCCCUAGGUCCCUCCCCUUCAGCUCUCCAAACCGGUCUUCGUCCUCCUCCCCCACGUCCCUCGCCACUUCAGGACUCUCUCCUCUUCCUUCCGGCAGCCUCCCUUUGACCCUCCACCUCUCGCCGAAGGUUCCACAGCCAUUCCACAUUGACCAACCAGAAUCAGCCGAGGUGCCGCAAGACUUCCUGGCCUCGUCGGAGCCGGAGGACGCCGCUGUGAUGCCUACCAAUGGCGUGAGUCCUGAGCGGUACGCAGACGAGGAGACCGUUCUCUUAGUCGCAGAUGAGCUAUCUGCCGACCCAGAUGCUGAUGAGGACACCGUUAUACUGGUCACAGACCAGGGAGCACCGUACGGACACUUUGAUGUGGACACGGAUGACGUAGUAGCCUCGAUGCUGAACACCAAGCUAGAGUUCGACGAGGCCCUGCUGCACGAGAACAUGGUGCUGCAGUACAGAGCACACACAGGGGGGGAUGAAGAGAUGAGAGAAGGAGGAGAUGAGGUGACCCAAACUCAUGAGGAGUUGGUAGAUGCAUGUAGGUCAACAGGCUCCAAAGAACCUUCCCCUCCCAAUUUGGCGGCGGAGAGGUCGCGGAACGACACCUCGGACGACGAGGACAUGGACCACUAUUUGAAUUUCUCGAGGACUGUGGUUUUGCAUGAGGCGUCCAAGGACGCGGCACCGGCAGGCCUGUCCUGCCUUCCUACCUCAGGGACCAUCUCGCAGCUGGACGGAGCCGACAACGAGUCGGAGAGCGACGCAGGGGAAGUGCCAGGGGAAGAUGACUCUCAGGGACUGGGGCAGAGCAGCCAGAAUCAGGAAUCAGAGCCAUUGGCGGGAACUAGUACCAGUGAAGAACACGUUAGUACGGUAACAACAUCAGCAAGUCAUUCGAAGAUUUCUGCUGCGGCAUCAGUUUUAUUAUCGUCAGGAUCUGUAGCUUUUGCAGAUCCUCAAAACUCUGUUUUGCUGGACCCCAACACUGGUGAGUUUGUAUCUGCAGAUAGUGGCUUGAUAGUAAAUUUGACAGAAUGCAGAAAAGAUGCCCAAGAUGGCGACUCCUUAGUUAAUAUGGAUGAAGUGAUCUCAAUGCCCAUCUCAAUGCCACAGCCAGUUGUCAGCCAGUUGCCAGUUAGAACCCGACCUUUAUUCAAUCCAAGGGUGCGAGUCAUUGAAUCCUCAUCUCCACCAACCCACCUAGCUGUGAACGCACCACACCCUUCUCCUCGACUUCAACCUAAACAGAAUAUAGUUAAGCUCACAUUUCCCGCGAGUAGGUCUCGUCCGAUAAUCCCAUCUACCUCCUCACCAGCAUUCCGUGCUGUACCCCUAAAAGAUCCCGUAACCGCUGCCCCAAUUGUAAUCAAUGGUUUUGGGUCACCUACACAAGAGAACAAUAUCCCUAGGGGAAAACCGAUUGCCAUUCGCCUGACUAACCCAAAGCAGCCCUUAGACCAGCAGGGACGUGUUACGACCGGCACAUCUCAGGCCCCUCAGAUUCUUCUGGUCAAUCGUUUCGGUCAGAUCCUCGUGAAAGACCCUCAAAGCAACACCUUCCAGAGCCCCAGUGCAACAUCACCCUCAUUAAACAACAUUAGCCAGAUCGCCAAGAUCAUCCACAGUAAGAACGUCCUGCCACGACAAGUCCCAAAGAUUCUGGUGACCCCUGUUUCUUCACCGUGCACCGUGGCACCUCAAACCUCAAACGUCACCACACACAUCAUCUCUUAUACCACCAGUAGUAGCUCAGCACCCCCCACUAACAUCUGGAUCCGAAAAUUAGCCAGGCCCGACGCAUCACAGCAAAUCACUCAAAUCCAAAGCGGGACACCCUCCAGUGUCAGAGUGAAUGAGGUCACCAUUCCCCUCCGAGGUCAGAGUCAGGGAGAGAUGGCUCAAGCUAUAAUCGACAAAGCCAUGGCCAGCCACCGUGAAGGGCUCUCCUCUCCUAAGCUAAGCCCGUCCCAGUUCACUGUGCAUCCUUUCCUGAACAAACUGGAGUCGCCCCAAAUGAUCGCGACACCGCCGUCUGCACUGAGGAGAACCAAGCCUGCUAUCCUGACCAAAUCGGCUUCCCAGGUGCGGAUAAAGAAGGUGUCGUCUUUGUCUGAACGCAUCGGAGUGAAAAAAUGUCGGACUGAUUUUCUGCCACAGGCACCCCCUACUGCCAAGGCGGAUCUCAUUAGCAGCGCAGCAGCUUCUAGAUCUAGCGGCGUUCGUAUAAAAAAUCCAUCAGCGAAGGAUAUCUUGGAGCUUGAUCAGCCGAAACCUGACCGUCCUGAACAGCCAAAACCUGACAUCCCCAAACCAGUAGAUAGCAAAGUGGAGACGACUAAAGAUGUCCGACCAGCUGUCCCCCAAGGAGCUAACGGUGGUCUCCCAGCGAAAACCCACGUGUGGGUGAGCGCUCGAGAGGGUGAUCUAUCUGACUGGGGUCCCUACUCAGGGUUGAGUUCUGAUGAGGAUUCUCCGCCUCCUAAGCGUUCUCCCAGUGAGUCACCGAGAAAAGACCAGCCUCGUCUGAGCUUCAUCAUCACCAGCGACGACGGCUUCAGGGUGGAGGCCGACAGUAUCGAGGUGGCAUGGCGAGCUGUGUUAGAGGGCGUCCAGGAGGCGCGGAUCGGCUGCGGGAUGCGUCAGCUACCCGUGAGCGUGCUCAGCGGCGGCCAGCUGCUGGGCGUGGUGCACAACGCCGUGCUCUACCUCCUGGAACAGCUGCAGGGUGCCGCCAAGUGCCAGAGCCACCGCUUCCGUUUCCACCAGCAGGAGAAGCCCGAGGAGGAGCUACCCAUCAACCCCAGCGGCUGUGCUCGGGCCGAGGUCUACCAGCGGAAGUCCACCUUUGACAUGUUUGACUUCCUGGCGUCUCAGCACCGAACGCUACCAGAGAACACGGUCUACGAUGAAGAGGAGGACGACCUCCCACUCAAAUCCACCAGGCGUGCCACCAACAGUGAGCUUCCUGUGGCCAUGAGAUUCAGGCACCUGAAGAAGACUUCUAAGGAAGCUGUUGGGGUCUACAGGUCUCCCAUCCACGGACGUGGUCUUUUCUGCAAAAGGAACAUUGAGGCUGGCGAGAUGGUGAUCGAGUAUGCCGGGAAUGUCAUCCGCUCCGUUCUGACCGAUAAGCGGGAAAAACACUACGACAGGAAGGGCAUAGGUUGUUACAUGUUCCGGAUUGACGACUUCGAGGUGGUGGACGCCACAAUGCACGGCAACGCAGCGCGCUUCAUCAACCACUCGUGCGAGCCCAACUGCUACUCUCGGGUCAUCAGCGUGGAUGGCCAGAAGCACAUCGUCAUCUUCGCGCAGAGGAAGAUCCACCGCAGCGAGGAGCUCACCUACGACUACAAGUUCCCCAUCGAGGACGCCAACAGCAAGCUCCACUGCAACUGUCUUGCCAGGCGCUGCCGCCGCUACCUCAACUGAGGAGGCACUAGCAAAGAGGGAAGAGGAAGAAACGGUGACGACAGAAGGAUUGGGGAACUGGAAUCGAGUAGCGUGCUGGUGGAAGGCAAGCUCCUUGGUGAGGUUGUAGACUGGUGAAUACCCUAGAUCCAUGUGCUGGAUUACCUCACAGUCUAGAAACCAGGAGUUUGGAGGAGGUACACAGAAGCGCACAGAAUAAGCAGCGUGGGGGCUACAUCGAAGGCUGGGAUGGGAUGGGGAGGUGGGACUAGGUGCCGGGUUGUCCAUUGUUUCUUGUUGUAGAGCACUUAGCGGUGAGAUGAUUCAAAGUGAGCCUACAAGCCUGGGAGACUUACGCAGCAGUCAGCAUGGGGCUAAUCAGCAUGAGGUUGUGGCACUGGAGGAUUUUGUGUUAUACUGAUGGCCCCUUGUCAUAUUGCCUAUACAUGUGAAAUGAACGUCUGGAUUUUCUUCCCCCUCCCUCAGUCUUUCGCUCAUGCUGUUACGGUCACCAUACUUUUUUUCCCUCUAUAAACUUUCUCCACAGAUUAUUUCCCUUAUUUUGUCUUUCCCACGUUCAUUGAUUCCACUCAAGACUCCUCCAUCUUCCCUAGGACUUGUUACCUCUUUUUCUAACUAGCUGGCUAUGUGUGCUUUACUUUUCUGAGUCUAAGAAAAAUUGUAUGUCCUUUGCUGGAGCGCCACCUUCUGGACAUUGCUGAUAAAAGUGAUGGCAAAAACCCUCCUCUGUCCUUCAUUGGGUUCCUGCUUUAUUGAACCCACAGACUUGUGCAGACUUAUUUGGACAAACCAGGUUCAACAUCUCAGACAUAGACACAUUAGAAAUGCAGCUCUACAACACGGGACACAAACGGAUUCAGCACUAUUUGACAUUUUGUUGAGCAGCUAUAUGUUUUUUGGGGGGAUUUCUUUUUCUACUGUAGUACCCUUGACUUCAGGGGGAGUUAAAAAUGCAGGAAAGAUGUUUUUCUUUCUACUGAAGACACUUUGCUGUUCACGGUGACUUUAUUUGAUGUAGGUGCUACUCCAAGACUAUCCACAUCUUUACCUGUGAAGUAGACGCAGUUCAUGAACAGAGACUGCUUUAAUCCUGCAGAUGGUCUUGUUUUGUUUUUCUUUUCUCUAUGACUGCUGUGUUUCAGACAAGCUAACCGAGGCCCCCAGAGUCGACCUGGCCCUUACGACUCCAGCUCCCCAAAAUAACUUUAUUAUUGUUUUUUUUUUUAAUGUGUGUCAUAGUGUUUGUUCGUAAACAAAAUACAGUAGGGAACCUUAAAGUGUUACAAUACAGCAUCCUCACAACAGCCAUUUUUUUCCUUCCUAUAUUUUCAAUACCAACAGCUAGGCCCUUGUGUGGCCAAUCUUGUCAAGAUGUUACUGAAGCCAAAACUGGCCUCAAUGACAACCAGCAGACGCAAAUCACAUCCACCUGCCCCCAAACUGAAGGUCCUUGACUCUAUACAUUAGGGACCAAGAUAUCAGCGUAUCUCCAUUUCCUGCUCUGAAUGGAGAGGCCUGUGGUGGUGAAGAGGUUGUUGCAUGCUUUAAUGGGGUGACCCCUUUUGAUAGUCCAGAACUCACUGAGUCAGGUCUGAAAUGUACAGCUGCACACACUGAAGUGUUAAUUUUGAGGGAUAUUGAGCGUGACUUACCUGCUGUUCUAGCACAAAUUUGAAUUUUUUUUUGUUUGUACAUAGUUGUCUACAGAAAUUUCCUAACUUGUUCAAAUUUUUUACGCACUUUUUUAAUUUAUGAUGCUAUGAUCUAAAAUAAAGAUGUUAAUGAUGUUUGACGAAAA